GUUAGAGACAGAGAUAGAGGGAGAGCGUGGCACACAUUUUCUGAGCAGAGUAAAUAGUAUAGUAGUGGCUGGAACUGUCUAACCAUUUGGACACAGAGAAACAGCAAACAAAGGACUAAAUCUACAACCAUGAAUUACAUCAAAUUGGCCCUGCUGGGCAGUGAGGGAGCAGGCAAAUCUGCAGUUUUGGUGAGAUUCUUGACCAAGCGAUUCAUUGGCGAAUAUGCAUCAAAUGCUAACUCCUUAUACCAUAAAAGGCUCUCCAUUGAUGGAAGACAGUUGAACUUGGAAGUCUUUGAUCCAUGCUCGCAGAGUGGAGAAAGCAGAUGUAUCCUGGAGGAACCGGUGGACUGGGCUGAUGGCUUUGUGGUGGUGUACACCAUCAGCGAUCGUGCGUCCUUUCUUAAUGCCAAAAACAUCCUGGCGCAGAUCAAAGAGAGCCGUCGAGAGACUUGUAAAGGGGAGGUGCCGAUCUGCCUUGUGGGUAACAAGCAAGACCUAUGCCACAGUCGUCAAGUGAGUGAGGAGGAGGGCUGCUCUCUGGCCCAGGAAAACAACUGCCUCUUCCAGGAGGUGUCAGCAGCUGAGAACUACUUGGAGAUUGGCAACCUCUUCACAAAGCUUAUUCGCCAUGUGAUGGAACAGCUUAAGCACAGAGGUGACCGGAGGAGAUACAGUGGCUCAAAGUCCAUGGCCAAGCUCAUUAAUAAUGUCUUCGGCAAGAGGAGAAAGUCUGUUUGACUGCAGAAUAUCAACAGAGUCAAUCUCCGUUGAAUCUGUUAUGGAGACACAGUAUGUCCUUGUUUAUCCUAAUGUUCUUGGAAUAUUUUGUGUGAAUGAAUAGAAUUAUGCUAGGAUACAUAGUGCAAAAUCACACAGGUACCUCUAUGAGAAACCCACUUUACCCAAGAACAUCUUAUAGAGUGUCAUUUGUCAAGGCAAAGAUUUGAUAAUGAUACAAAAGUUAUACAGUUCAGUGCUGGUUCCAGACAAAUAAAAACUCAAUCAACUCAACAAAUCAAUUGGGGUUACUGUAUUAGCCUGUUACCCAUCACGUUCACGUCACAAAUAUUUGACACCACCAUCCUGUGCAGUUAUUUGCUUAUUGUUCAAGAGAUACACAUUUUUUGUGGAGACAGUGAACUAUAAAAAUGUAAACUAUAAGUUAGUUUUUCUUUGGUAGUGAGAAAAAGCUUUGCCUUUUAUGUUUCUUUGAGAUUAUUUUUAUACUUUUUUGUCAUCAUCUGAAGUGUCUGUAAAGUAGAAAACCCAAAGCAACUAAAGCUUUAAAAUUCGGAAUUUUGCUUUAAUACAUGUAGGCUUACAUGUGCUAUUUUGAAUAUUGUUGAGAAGGAUGGAGAAUGUUUGCAAACCCUUGAAGCUUUUGAUUUUCAAAGAGCAGCACACAUUCUUUAUCUCCCUCUCUGAAAUGUUUUAAUGCCACGAAGCUGAGUUUGCAUCAUGGAAUGCACAACAAUGACUGAUUUAAUUUAAUCUACAGUACCUAGGCGCUGUGAUGAGGUGCAAAUUGCAGGUGAAUUACUAUUUUAACAAAACACCAUGGCAGUGGGCCUCAAAUAAAUGGCUGCAUUCUUUCCACUACAUUCUUAUGCUCUCAUUUUGUUUAAAAUUACAUUUGAGAGAACAAAAAGAAACAACUGGACUGCAGCCUUUCCUUAUGUACAGUUCCAAGAAAAGAUUGUCAGACCCUUUGGAAAUACCUGGAUUUCUGCAUCAAUUACUCAUUCAGUGUGGGCUGCUCUUAGGCCAAGUAACAAUAGCAGAAUCUGUUUAAGUUAAUAACACAAACAACUGCACCUCUUUUUGCCAAUAGUACUGAUGAGUUAGUAAAUGUAUCAGCUUCUCCAAUGACUUCUCCAAAGGCUAAUUAAAGGUGUUCCAAUCAAUUAGAAAUGAUUGGUGGCAUAAUGUGUUGCCAACAAUUUUGUUAUUUUCAUAUCAACCAAGAAAGACCACGGCUUGGUAACAAGAAAUGUUUAAAGAGGAAUUAUAGACAUGCAUGAAAAUGGACAAGGCUGCCAAAGCAUUUCUAAAUGCACGAGAAUUUGUAAAUCUAAAGUUUUAAAUCUUCAGUCAAAUUGUUUACAAACAGAGGAAUUCAGUACUGUUGCUACUCUCCCUAGGAGUGGCCAAAUAAGUGUCCUGAAUAGUGAUAGAUGAUAUAUCGUCUGAUAUCUGGCCAUUUUGUGAAUAUUGACAUUGGCCGAUAACGGUGUUCGCUUGACAGAUUAACAGAAGUGUAAUCUUCCCUUGUGUCCGUUCCAGAAUCUACCAAUAAAUUUGUCAAUGGAUAGUUAACACUUGUUUUCAAUGUUUUUUCUUGUACAAUUUAUGCAAAUUUCAGUAAAUAUUGCAUACAAAUAAGUGUUUCACUUGAGAAAUUUUGUGUACACCUGAUUUGCUGUUGUUAAAUUGUAUUAUGUUUAUCGGCAUUUAUAUCAGCCACUGAAAAACCCAAAUCGGUUGACCAUUAGUCCUGAACACAUAACCCCCUCCCAGCUAUGGAGCAUUUUGUGUGUUGAAGCAUUUUACAGGAGAAAGUCAGGAGUAGCAUUCCAUAACCAGAAAAUAGAAUCUGGUUGAUGACCCAGAGCACAACAACAGAAUGGCUUUAACAGUUUAAUUAUAAAAAAAAAAUAAAAUAAAAAAAGCAGCUCUGGAAUGGCCAGAUUAGAGUCUAGACUUAAUGAAACUCAACUGAGAAUUGACCAAUUGAGAUACCUGUAAGUAACUGUUAAUGCAAAGAACAGAGGAUUCAACCAGUGACUAAUACAAUAUUCCUGUCACAAGUUGUGGUAGUGAAGAGGUGAUGGAUCUAUUUGCAGGCUUUAGUGAAAAAGAUGUAUAACAGUGUAGCGUGCCAUAAACUAGAUAAACAAACUAUCUAGAGCUUUACACAGACAAGAACUGACAAACAAUGAACAAAACUGUAAGGUAUUUAUACACAAAGGAACUAAUGAGGGGAUGAAAGACAGGUGAGGAUGAUGAGGAACAGCUGGUAGUGAUGAGGGUAGUGCACUAUGGGAAAUGGUGUCCAGGGGGAAACUUCAAAAUAAGAGUCCAUGGAAACAGGAUGGAGACAGAACGUGACAAUUCCACUUUUGAAGCCUGCAUUAUUUUAUGUUUAUUUUUCAGCAUGGCCGGGUCUAGAUUUUCCUUGUAAGUAUUUAAUGGAGAAAUCCUCAUAACUAAUUUUCAUAUAUAAAUGUUCUUACAACUGCAUAGCUGAAGUUGAAUGUGUAUAUUGAUUUUUUUUCCUCCAAUUUACAAAGCAAUAUAAUGUUCAGUAUCCUUCUAAUAAAAUGUUCCUUUGUGCAUUUUUUACUAUAAUUCCAAACUUCUAUUAACUGUUAAUUAAUUAUUUAGCUUAACACUGUUUAAUAACCUGAUAUGUUUAUUAAACAUCAAUGAAAUUGUCUCAAAAUGUUGAUUACAAGUUUUACGAUUUCAAUCAAAUCUCAUUUCUGUUUUCAUAUUUGUGGAACUCUUGUUUACAUUGCUUGUGACAAAGCAAUG